UCCUGAAUCUGAUGAGCUAGAAGUUCUUCCUUGGGUCUCCUUCGAGACUACCUGCCGUAGUGAAGGGGUAGUUAGACAUGUGAAAGAGGAUGCAGGUAGGUACCAAGAUGUUGGAUCUCUUCCUUAUAGGGUGAAGAAGCCAGAGACAUAUCUGAUGCCCAAAGAUUCCAGGAACAAUGUUUCGGACAUCACUGGCCCCAUCAUCUUGCAGACCUACCGAGCGAUUGCAGAUUAUGAGAAGAACUCAAAUACGGAGAUGACCUUGAAGUUGGGGGACUUGGUGGAUGUGGUGGAGAAAGGACAAAGUGGCUGGUGGUUUUGCCAAACAAAGGCCAAACGUGGCUGGGUACCAGCUUCUUUCCUGGAGCCCAUAGACAGCCCAGAUGAGUCUGAAGAACAGGAGCCCAAUUACGAAGGAGAACCCUACGUCACCAUCAAAGCUUAUACUGCCGUGGAGGAGGAUGAGAUGACCCUGGAAGAAGGGGAAACCAUCGAGGUUAUCCACAAGCUGCUGGACGGCUGGUGGGUCAUCAGGAAAGAUGACAUCACUGGCUACUACCCAUCCAUGUACCUGCAGAAGUCUGGGCAGGACAAUACCCAAGCCAAGAACCUCAUCAAGAAGAGGGGGGCUCCUCCCCGCAGGUCUUCGAUCCGCAAUGCUCAGAGCAUGCACAAGUUAGCCCGGAAGCGCAUCAGCCAAGAUUCCUACCGGAGAAACAGCAUCAGAUUCAUUCAGCAAAGGAAGAAGAGCCGACAGCUCAGUGCCCAGGAGGAGGAGAGGCACAUCGGUGAGCCU